AUGCCACAAUACAGCCAAGCGAACCUUCAAAGUCGCUUGACGAACGUGAGCAUCCUAUUCAAAGUCACACUGAUGAUUUUACUUCACACUUUCGAAUGGGGAUUAUCGGUUUUGGAUGUGAUCCUGAUACUGUGGCAAUGUACCCUGACCAAUCACUUUGAUUUGGUUUGCGGUUUUGUCUCCGGCUCGAAGCGGGAUUCUGAGUUUUUGGGUCCUUCUCUACUCACCCCAAAAUUCAGAUUAUACUAUCGCAUUGGUGAUCUGUUCCGCGAAGAGCCGCUUCAGCGCGACCACACCGAAAUGCAAUGUGUGAGCAUUCUCAGCCCCACCAACACCCGUUUUACCACGGCCAUGCGUGCCCUGGAAGUAUCCUUGUCUCUGUUUGUUUCAUUCCGAGUGGACUUCACGUUGUGUGUCCCAGCCCCAUUUGUUUCACAGAAAACGAAGCCAUUACACUCUUCCGCACCGCCACCUCGCGCCGCCUCGCCUUCUUCAUCGCCAAUCCCUUCUGCUACUUCGGCAUGGCGCAGAUCGUGCGAAUCCACCUCUUUCCUUUCACAUCCUCAGAUGCGCGAGCUUCUUCAUCGAAACGUUCUCGGCGAUCUUCUCUCCAUCCGCAUCACCCAUCUCUGCAAUGACUCCUUUCUCUCUCUCGACGAUUCCUUCCCUCCCAGUCCCUCCCGUCUCGGCGUUUCCGACUGCACCGCGCAGCUCGCUCUCCCCGCUUACGAAUUCCUCCGAUUUGUCACGGGGAAAGAAGCCUAUCGCCUCAUGGCCUGCCUUUCUUCCCCGUUUCCCGGGCAUUUACUCGACGAUUCCGCGUUUAUCACGCUCGAAUUAGAAACCGGCGUCAUCGCCACCAUCCGAGCCUCCAAACUGGCGCUCCUUCACUCCCGCCAACUCUCCAUCGAGAUCGACGGUUCCAUUGGAAGCCUCGCCUGGAACAGUGUUUCGCCUUCGAAACUGACGGUGGGAAUGCUGGACGGCGGGGUGGAGGAAGUUUCGGCGGCAUGGGAAGGGGAGUUUCAUGGCGUGAGGGUCUCGGAAUUCUUUCGAAACUCGGGGAGAAAGGGAGAAGGCGAGAGUGAGGCGUUGCGGAAUAUGUAUGGAUGCUUCUAUGCGGAGAUUUGCGCAGUGCUGAGUGGGAAGAAAGCGAAGUUCGCUUCGGUGGGAGCAAAGGAAGGCAUGGAGAGCAUCUUGUUCCUAUCGAGCUGUAUCACGAGUAAUAUGCAUUCGAAUAGCUGGGUGGAGCUGGAUUGUGGCAUUGCAAAUCAGAUGGUUUCUUUCUAA